AUGAAAAUUGGAAGUGAAACUGAAUAUCCCUUCUCUUAUGCUACCGAGCGCUUUCACAAUGAACUACUGACCUUUGUAGAACCCUCAAUCAAUGGUCAUCCGUUUGUGGGCUUAUAUAUUCACAAAACAUCCAAUCGCCUUGCUGUUAAGUGCCCAUCAUCCAUAGUUGGUGAGUGGCAUCAUGUAUGUUACACAUGGCGCUCUGUGGAUGGUCAAGCCCAGGUAUAUGUAAACCCUCAUAAGGAUUCGUGUGAUAAAACAGUAACAGGAUUCGCUGUGGGGAAGGUGGUGCAGGCCAGCGGGACUCUGAGUCUGGGACAAGAACAAUCAUAUCCUGGUGGUGGAUUAUCACUAGAUCAAUCGUUUGAUGGAGAGUACACAGAUGUCAAUGUAUGGUCUGAAGCCCUUGAUGUUAAACAGAUCUUUCGGGUCAGUAAAUGUCUGGGGUGUGGGGUUGACCGAUGUUGUAACCACAAAGAAGAAGAACUCACUGGGGAUGUUGUUGAUUAG